AACUGUUGUAACUGGCUUUCUUCAGUAUUCAGUCUGAGCUUAUGGGAUAUUCUAUGCCGAUCUGAUAUGAAAGAUCUGUGGCAAUACAAUCUUUGUUAGUGUUAUACUAUCAUAUUUGAUCUUGCGUUUCUGACACGGGUUUCAAUAGAUGUAGACCUUUGAAGGAAAGCCGUGCUCUUGCUGUUUACAAAGUGCCGGCUAAUUCCUAAAUCAUUGCGCUCGCUCUCACUUGUACUAACAAAUUAAGGUACAGUAAAUGCAAAUGAGCUGGAAUGUAAAUUCCAACUUUCCACUUUGCUCGAGUAGUGAAAACACAAGGACGUUCCUGAAGUUAGGGUGCCAAUAUUCAUUUCUGUAAUCCUUAAUAAAAAUAAUUAGUGGUAGCAAAGGACCUCUGCUACAGUUCAGAGAUGAAUAGGUUCAAAGGUUCACUUUAUUGUCAAAGUACGCAUGUACAGUACAGCUCUGAUAUUCGUCUUCUCCAGAUAGCCAUGAAAUACAGAAAGUCCAUGGAAGUUGUUGAAAGGAAAGAUAUCAACUGCCCCACCAUCCCAGUACGAAAAAAAUAAACAAAACUUGCAGACCCCAAAAUCCCCCCUGAGGGUCUCAAAGCUGCCACACUGCAAUGGUGUCCUAAUGUGUCCUAAUAUUGCUCCAUGAUUGUUGCCAGUGCCGCCACUGCUGAUCCGGAAUUAUGGAAGAAGAUGAAAACCAGGAUCCACAGCAGAACGAAACUCCGGGGGAUGAAGCAGGAUUGGAUCAGUGCACUGAAUCACAGAGAGAUAGAGGUGCUGAGCAGGUACGCCUGAUCCCACAGCCGCUGAGGCAGAGCACGCACAAUAAUCGGUCUGAGUGCGGCACACCUCCGCAAGCUAACUGCAGAGAUUCGCCAUGUGGACAGCAGGUUAAGAACUCCCUGCAGUGCUUAAGAGGCAUGAACGUGGCCAUUCGUGAACCAAAUGACUGUGGGAAGAUGUGCCAGCGAGAUUCCAGGAAAAAGAAGCAGAUUAGACGACGAAAGGUGUGCAUGCCUGUGGAAUCCAACGUCGCCACCAGAAACUCGCCAGAGGCUGCAGUGCCCAGUCUCCAUGGGAACGGGAACCCGGAGAAAGAAGUGGUAUCAGUUCUACUGUCCCAUCUCAGCAGUGCGCUACAGCACAUCGGAUCCACAUAUGGAGCCACCCUGCGGACACGGCUGAACCCGGAGCCUGAAUCUGUUGCCGAUCUGGGCCCCUCUUAUUUUGGCAGGUUAGAGCCAGAACACACAGAAGAGACGACAGAUUUGCAAGAAGAUGGUGUUUCCAGUCUUGGCAUCCGUUUUGUACGUCACCCCGGGUUUGUUGUUAAGAGAGAUCGGACCUGGCGAUAUAACAAGUCAGUGUCCAGUGGCUUUCCAUCUCCGUCACUGAGGGUACCGUCUCAGAGCAUCGUAAGGGAAGCUUUACCUUUCAGGAAUUGCUUAUGCAGUGGUGGACUGUCCAACACAAGGAACAGCGGAAGCCAUUCCAUGGAAUCCCACGGCAUGAAGAAGGCGAACGAUGGGUUGGGUCUGUUGGAUUCAUACGCUUUGUCACCAGCAUCCUUGGACUGCCUGAGGCAAGGGUUGCUGAGAAACAUGGGUAAUCUGGAGCAAACUGAGACUUUGGGGGACUCGAGAACGAGAAACCCCGAUACAAGGACAGAGAAGAGUAACCAGCCAGUGGCUACAGGCUUCAAAGCAUCCGUUUUCUCCCCCAAUGUAGACUUGACAAUGAAAAGAAGGCUGGAUCCAUUGGGGGUAGAUCUCAUUUGCCUAUCACCGAGAAGCAACAGGCUCGGUGUGCUUGUGAAUCCGAGCACAGAUCAAAAGCCGAUGGCUGAUUCUCCUAUAAAAAGGCUUGUGGGUACUACCCAGGGCUUGCAUCCCUCUGAAGGGGUCAGUUGGGGCAUAGUCCUUGGCAACGGUAGUGGUAUCUCAAAUGGUCAGCAACGGCCAUUAAACGGAGGUGGCUGCUCCAACUCAGGGAACCAACCCAGCUCAUCUAGCAUGCCUCAAACGUGUGAAAAGACAGAGUCCAGUUCAGUCCCUUGCCACCAGAGCGUCACUAAUCGGAUUAGUUGUUCUGACAGUCGACUGAGGCCUGAAGCCUAUGACCCAUUCAAUCCAACUGAUGAAGAAAAUAUUAACGGAGAGUUUAUAGGUGGUGACUUUUCGCCGAAAGAAAGGACGGGCUUGGACGAUGAGGAGGAGGAACCCGAGGAGGACGACGAGGAGAAGUAUGACCCGUUUGACCCUACGGGUUCCAUCGCAAGUUCAAACAACUUGAGCCCAAUGGGAGAUGACUCCGAAGGUGAGCUGAAAAUUGUUAGCGAUGCCGGGCUAACCGAGGAGGAAGAGGAGGAGGACUGCAUGAGCCCUGAGUACGAGAUGGAACGGUCCCCAGAGUCGACGACGUGCGUGUCAUCAGAUGUAGAGCUACGGCCUGACUGUGGGCAUGCGGUCAAGUCAAACCUAGAACCUGACCUCUACAGUUCGCCCGAGUGCGGAGACGCACAGCCGGAGUCCCACGCCAGCUUUACAGAGUUAAGCUCCACGAUCGAACCUGAUUCUAAACUUCAGAGUGAGGCUCAGCUUGACUCAAUCUCUCAACCAGACUCCAACUCGGUUGACUCAGAAGAUGAUACUCAGUCCCAGAAUGAACUGAUGAUAGAUGAAACAGCCUGUGCAAUGUUUGAAGGUGAAGAGCCAGUGUCAUCACCAAUGGAUUUUAGCUUGAUGCAUAAUCCUGAUCCAAAGAUGAAAGAAGAGCCUGAGUCAUUAAAGGUUAUGGAGAAACAGGUCCAUCCCUUGGAAGAGGGUGACCCUUGGAAAAGUGAACAAGCGAAGGAGCCAAGCCUUAAAGGAAAGAUGAGCACUGGUCCCACAGAAGCUUCCAAACACAAAGUGGCUUCAGAUCUGCAGAAUGCACCCAGGUAUCAGAAGGACUCUGAAAAGGUGGAGUCUGAGAUGGCAGGAACACACAAAUCCCAGAGCCGGUCUGCAGAAAAGAUGAGCUCAAGUGGUCGGGUGGGAUCAAAGUCGGCGUUGAAGCAGCGCUCGAGAGCUGAAGCCGUACGGAAGGAUAAAUCUGGUGGUAAGGGGCACUCGAAGGCAGAGCACAAAAGCAAGUCCUCUUCUACUUCCAGGUAUCACCACAAGUCCCACCGUACCGUGGAGAGAAAAGACAACCUUGUCUUCACGGUGAAUGUCUCCAAGUGGCCAGACGAUGCACACAAGUACGAAGAUUCUGAAAUCGAAGAAGGUGAGAUUGUCCAACAGGAUGAAGAGAACUUCAGCCCGGCCAGGACCUUUCGCACUCGAGGGCGGAUUUUUGAGCGUCUAAGAGGAGUUGAAGGGGACGAUUUUAUUUCCCUUCAUGCCGACUCUGACGAGGGGGCGUUGCAGAUUGACCUGGGUGAAAACUCGACGGAGGGUGGACGGAAGAAAUUAGACCGCAGGAGAAAGGUGACAAAUCAACAGAGAGAGAAGGUGCCGAAACACUCGAGGUCACCAGCAGAAUCCAAAGGCCAGUCCGGCUCCCACUCGGAGUCCAGCUCCCGCAGCCGGAAAAAACGCAAGCGGGAACACAAGAAGACCCGAUCGAAGGACCGGAAGCGAUCCAGGUCCCAGUCUCGUGAGCGCAAAAGGUCCACGUCCCGAAGCAGAUUGCGAAUCCAUCACAAAAAGUCCCGGUCGAGAUCCAGGUCCUGGGAACGAAGGCGGUCGAGCUCCCGAUCACGUCAUAAGGUGUCCCGGUCUCGCACCCGUUCCAGGGAGCACCGAAGGUCUAGAUCCUGGUCACCCUCCAUCAGCACCAGCAUGUCGGCUCUGGGCUCCAUGAGAGCUUCGGCUGAGAGGUGGAAGGGCCGCCCGCCCCCGUCAAAGGAAAGUGGGUCAUUCCACCGUUCCCGCUCGAGCAGCAAGUCCAGGAAGGAAAGGCGCAAGAAGGAGAAACAUCGAGAGGUGGAAGCCUCAAAGCGCCGAAGGCAUUCAAGGUCAAGGUCCAAGGAGAGGUCCCAGAGGGAGAAGAGACAGCCCAGCCCUUCCCCUAGAAGGUCAAAAGAAAAGAGCGAAAAAGAGAAGGACAAGAGUAGAGAGAGAAAUCCUGUGAGUGAAAAGAAACACGAGAAAACUACAAAGGGAAGGCGUGACAGCAGGAUAGUGGUUCCUCCUUCGAUUCAGGAGCUGAAUGAUGAUGACAUUCUAAUUAAAGCUCGCUCUAUUACCAGAACCAUUACUGUGAACCCAGGGGAGGCCAUGGAAGACCAAGACGAUUCAAUGGAAGUGGCAGCCCUCUCCCCAAACCGGGAAGCCAUUUAUGACUCGGAUGAAUUGGGCUUUGAGAACAGCUUCUCCGAUGUGGAACCAGCUGACCACUUGCAGGAGGGCAGGGUGCCGGGGAAGGGGCCAGACGGCAAGAAUGAGAGGAGGAGUGUUCACGAGAAAAGCCACCGAGUGGGAGAGACUGGCGCUAAGCUGACCAAAGUGAAGGACCGAAAGAGAGCUCACCCGGAAGAGAAGCCUACCAAGGAGAAGCGAAGGAAGAAGCUAACCGAAGGGCAAAAGGGGCCAGUUGCGACAGACAGCCUGAAGACUGAAAAGAAGGCUAAAGAGCAUUUAAUCGGUGGUCAGUCUGCCAAGAAAAUCAAGGCACCAUCCAAGGAAAGCAAGCAACAGGUGCCUCGGAAAGUCAAACUCCAGUCAAAGGUAGCCGUUCUCAUCCGGGACGGAGUGAGCUGCGCUGCCUCGAUGAAGGAGGACCGCGGGAAGGGGGGAGGUUUAAUCGGCGUGAAGUUCAGCCGGGACAGGGAGAGCAGGUCACCGUUCAUGAAGACCGAGGAGAAGGUCCACGACUCGAAGCCCAGCCGGCACCGGGCUGAGAGCUCGGACAGCAAAAGCACUCCAUUGCGGGUAGUGAAGGGGAAAGCCACGGUGAAGCAGCGGUCGGCAGCAAAGAAGGCCAAGGCAGCUGGUGGGAAGGCCAAGGGCUCUGGGAAGAAGAAGAAGGAGGCCAAGGCCAAGAUUGCCCUGAAGAAGGCUGCAUCUGAUAGCAGCAGCAGCAGCAAGGACUCCAGCCCCUUCAGGAACAAGGAAGAGCUGCAGUGGUCUUCCUCGGAGAAAUCUGAUGACAAAGUGAACCUCCCGAGCCCUGUGAAGGACACGGUGGAGCAGGGACUGUCCCCCCUCUCUCAGAUCUCCGAGAGUACCUCCCAACCCCUGGAGCCGGCCUUUGUGCCAAAGGAGCCCCCACAGCACCAGCCUCCUCCACCACCCCUCCCUCAACAACCGAAGGAUUAUCAUGAGCACAGCGACACUUCAAAGGUCAACGGGGAUAAACCAAGAACACUGAACAAACCACUGUCAUGGGACCUCCAGACAGGAGGAGGAAUGUUAGCACUUACAGCACUGCUGUUCAAGAUGGAGGAAGCCAACCGCGCAAAAGCCCAGGACUCUUUUCAAGCAAUCACUCAGAUUCUCAGCCAGGCAAAGCCCCCUGCGUCUCAAGUGCCGACUAGCCUCUCCAGCCACCUCCCUGCCAGCCAGCCCACACCGAAGUUUCUCCGCCAGGGCUCCUUGUCGAUGCUGGGCACGUCAGCAGGACCGCCCACGUUGCCGGGAUCUGCCAGUCAGCCCCCUGCCACCACCUCCGGGAAACUCUACGGCAUGUUGGACAGCGGCGAGGUGGCCAAGGUAGAGGGGACCACCAGCUUUGAUGCCAACAUGGAUAGUGACCGGUACCUGAAGAAGCUGCACACGCAGGAGCGAGCGGUGGAGGAGGUGAAGCUGGCCAUCAAGCCCUUCUAUCAGAAGAAAGAAAUCAACAAGGAGGAUUACAAGGACAUUCUCCGCAAAGCUGUACAUAAGAUCUGCCACAGUAAAAGCGGUGAGAUCAACCCCGUUAAAGUUGCCAACCUGGUGAAGGCUUACGUGGAGAAAUACAAGUAUGCCCGGAGGCACAGCAAGAGACCAGAGGACAGCAGUCUCCAGAGCAACGGCAAGGAGGCCGGGAAGUUAGAAAAACACGGCAAAGUCUCGGCACAGACGUAAACCAGAUCAAGAGACAGUUUUUAAUGAGUUACCAGAAUUCAAUAAUUUUGAGCACCUCUCCUCGUUUUAUUUUUCAUUUUAAUAAGUGUGAAGACAUUUUUUUUAAAAGACGAAAACUUUAGAAGUCCAUCUGACGUUCCUGGGUUAAUCUCAUUGUGGCAGUGCCUACUGAUCCUGAAUUAGAUGGAAGAAACUUGGGACACUUUUAAUGAAAUACAAAGGGGGGGGGAGGGUGGUGGGGUGGCAGAAUAUUCUUGGAAAGUUUAAAAAAAUCACUUUUAAAAACUGUAUACUGUAUCUCCCAAUUGCUGUAUAUAAGAUAGGAGCCAUCGGCAAGCUUUCUCAUCUCCUUUCUGACUUCUGUUAAUAUUUUGUUUUUAAUCUCCUCCCGCACCUCCCAUCCCAAUCCCUGAACUCCCUUGCCCUCCAUUUUCUUUCUGCAUGACGUUCCCUUUUCUAGGUCAGUGAAUUCUAUAUGGUUUUAACCAGAAAUAAAUGAUAUUACUUGCUCAGUGAUCGAGAGAAGGCAGUGUAUUAGAGAGGACCUGUCUGUCCUGUUGAUGUCUAUGCUAUUCGUUAUUCUUUUAAAAAAAGAUUAUAUAUAUAUAGUUCAACGUUGAAGAAAAGCAGACGAGAGUCGAUGUUUUCUCAUUUGCACGUUUUAAUUAGGUAAGAGAUGGGGGAUUGAACCUGUGACCACUGUCUUCGGAACGUGUUUCUCUUUAUGUAAAUGUAUUUACUUUAGUCAUGCUUCCUGACACUGUAGCUGGUCCUUUGAGGCACCCGGGGUGGAAUUCUUUCAUCCAAUGCAAUUACUGUUGUAAAGUUGAGUGUUGGGGAGUGCUCUUGGGGAGGGAAGGAGGAAGGACAUAGGGUUGAUUCGGCCUGUGUCACUGGACUGCCUAAUCACACGUGUCCACCUUUUCAUCACCUGCCACUGCCCUCGGUUUUCUUUCCUAUUUCCAUUCGUGACCGCGAUGCACCGGAUGCAGAGGCUUGGGAGACUUGCUUUGGGCUCCCUAAUGAUUUUUCCUCCCCCUUCCCCACCUCGACAAGUGUGUAUGUGGUUCGUAUCAUCUGCUAUCGUGUCAAGCCAGUUUUGCCCGCGCAGAGGAAUAAGGCAAAUGGUUGACGAUCAUCCUUAUCUUUAUUUCUUUAAUUUAUUUUUUCAGCAGGAAGUGUAUCUGAUAUUUGGCCCACACCGUGAGCUGCUCAGGAGAUGGGUGAUACCCUCCUCGCCCCUUGAUUUGGGGGAGUUUGUAUUUUAAUUCCAGAGCUAUUCAUUGGUACCCUCCCCUUCCACCCCGCUGCCAUCGCCCCAGUUUGCUGCCAAAUCAUGUUAGACAUAGGAUUAAUUCGGGCCGCUCUCCUAUCAUGCUGCAACCCUGUUGUGCCCUCCCCCCCCCCCGUGCUCCCCACUCCUCACCCACGGCCAAAUUGACGCACCUGACCCCCGUGUACCACUGCGCUUCAGAUUUAGUUCCUGCACGUCCAGGGUAGGACAGUCGUCUUGUAGGCGUGAAUUGCUCUGUAUCUCAACUGGCAGUGUUACAUUGAGGGGGAAGAAAGGUUUGCAGUCUGACUUUGUCUGAACCUUGUAUGUGGUGUAAUUACAAGAGGAGGGUAUAUAAACGAUUGACAAGUGUAUCCACUGUUCUAAUUUCAGUCUGAAGCAAGCUUGACUAACUAUUGUUUGGUGUCAUUUGGUUUUGAAUGGGUUUGCAAGUACGCCUGGUGGAUGAGGUUAUGUGAAUGUGUAUGUGUGUAUAUACGUACACUGGGGAGUUGGGGUAGGGAGGGGAUAGACUGGGUUUCACACACCCAAGAAGUACAUAUAUAUUGAUAAUUGGAGUUUUGCUGGCCAUUUUAAAUACUAGAUAACAUAAUACUCAUUUAGAAAGAGGCAAAGUAGUCCCUCUUGUGACAUUACUGAAUCUCGUCAUUUAAAAAGGAAACAUUUUUUAAUUAAAAAAAAAUAAAGCCUCGAGAAAAUUGGACAAAUUGUUUUGUAAAACAACUAAUUUAUUUGGGUUGUUUAUAUUUGCAGUUGAGGGGCCCGCCCUAGUGUUUCUGCAUCUCUAACCUGAAGGAAAAGAAACUAUAAACAGUAUUAGCACAGUUGAAGUGAGGAGCACGCCAGCGUUAGGUAAUGGCUUACGAGGAAAUGGGAGAUGGGUUGUUUUCAGUAUUUUAUGUUGAAUAAUCCCCUGUGUUCUUUCACACAGGCGACUAUAGAAAUUCUGAAUGAGUGGGCAGGGCAGGGGAGGGCAGGUGGAUGGUUGUUUGAGAAGGUGAAUUUCAUUGUGAUCCUUGGAAGUUGGAGUGAUAAUAGGCAUCUCAUCACUAGGGGUACAUGUGGUUGGGUUAUGGUAAUACCACUGUGCUCUUUCAACUGUGCUAAUAUUGUACAUCUGCCUGUUGUUGAGAAUAUUGUAUAAAUAAAAAAAUGAGAUUGUUACAGAACAGAAGUGCUAGUUUCUUUUAAACAGUCAGAUCCAAGUUGCUUACUGCCCAUUACGCCAUUGGCAUUUAGGGCAGCAAUGAAGGUCCUCCAUCUCUGGUGGUGUUCAGGGCUUCCUUCAUCAUGUAAGUAGCUUCCUCUUGGCUUUCACUACUGUCAGUCAUGCAAAUCCCGGGUGGAGACUCAGGAAUACCAUCACACUCAGAUGUAGAAGGCUUCUUCAGUGCUGCUUCCGUAAGUUUUGUUCCCCCCUCAGCUGAACCCCCUUGUACCUGGAGGACCGGUGGACCACUCUUAGUCUGGCCUCUACCCUUUGACCUGUUUGACAUGGCUCCCUACCAAGAGCCAAAGGAGAAAGCCCUGACUCCAGCCAACGUAGCUCUCUGGGUCAUUGAGACAUGCCAGCCUCCAAAUCCAAGGUGUACGGUCCUCUUGGGGGGGUCAACUCCAAGCACGUGGUUUUACCUAAGCUCUCUCACUUUUCCUGAGUCUGGUUAGUAGAGUGUGGAGUGUGGUCAGGGUCACUCAGGAGGGAGGGAGUGUUCUCUGCCUGCUUGCUACUGAAUGACCUCCUGUUCAACACCACACAUUGGGUCAGCAAGCAAGGGCAAGACUGGGGCUUGGCACUGCAUUGCAGUUGAAUAGCCUGUCACAAUGACAUGAAUAAAUCAUAGAACCAUACAGCAUGGAAGUGAGCCCUAUAGCCCGAUUGUUCAGUGCCAACCCAUCAAAGCUUAUUCCAGCAUGGAUCCCCUACAAUUAACCAAGUGGUCCGUGGACCCCCUGUUCUGAAACCUCACCAAUCUAUAUACCUGUCCAAUUAUCUUUUAAAAGUUGUUUUUGUACCUGCCUCAGCCACUCCCUCUGGCAGCUCAUAUCAUGCUUUGUGUGUUUUUAGGAGAAAAAAAAUAGUUGCCCCUCAGUCUUUCCCCUUUCACCUUAAAGCUUUAAUCUCUAGAUCUUGAGUCCCCAACCCUAGGAGAAAGACUGUGCAUAUUGAUCCUGUCUAUGCCUGCUCAUGAUAUCCUAACUUCCAUAAGGAUUGAAGUCAUAGAGCACUACAGCAAACAAACAGGCCCUUCAGACAUACCUUGUGCCCAAGUUCUAGCCUGUCCAAUCUCUCCCUAGAACUCAGUCCAAGUCUUGGCAACAACCUUGUAAAUCUUUUCUGCACUCUUGAUGCCAGUCAAAAUGCAGAGCAGAGAGGGUCCUGCUACCCAGCCUGGUUGGAGAACGUUACGUGUACCUCAGGUGGGGAGAGGAAGGAAGAUAAUGCCAGUUCUCCAUGUAAAGUGCUUGUACUUCCAGUCAUAUGACCAUAAGAGAUAGGAGCAGAAUUAGGCCAUUCCAUCGUGGUUGAUUUAUUAUCCCACUCAACCCCAUAAUCUUGCCUUCCCACUGUAACCUUGAAUGUAUUUACUGAUCAAGAACCUAUCAACCUCUGCUUUAAACUUACCCAUUGACCUGCCCUCUACAGCCACUGAACGCAACAGAUUCCCACACUCUGGCUAAAAAAAAUUCAUCCUCAUCUCUGUUCUAAAGGGACUUCCUUGCAUUCUGAGGCCACGCCCUCUGGUUCGAGACUCCCCCACUAUCGGAAAUAGUCCUGCCCUCAUCUACUCUGUCUAGGCCUUUCAAUAUUCAACAGAUUUCAACGAGAAACCCCCCCCCCCGCCAUUCUUCUAAACUCCAAAGAGUGCAGGCCCAAUCAAUGCUACUUCAUAAAUUUGAGAAGCCCAAAUGUUCUUUAAGUACUUUUAGGUGUUAUUUACCAAAAGCACAUUCCGUGCCCAUUCCAGUUGUGUCACUAAAGGUGUUUGUUUGCUUAUUUAUUUAUUUAGAGGUACAGCAUGGAAACAGGCCCGAUAAGCCACAUGACCAAUUAAAUUACCUGGUACAUCUCCCAGAGGAAACCAACUGGGUGACAGGUAGAACGUACAAACUCCUUGGAGAGAGGGCCAGGAUGAACCCAGAACUCCCCGAGCAGUAACAGUGUUACGCUAACCACCAGGCUACCGUGGUGCCUGCUUCAUCAGGGCACUAUCUUGGUUUUACAGCAGGCUUCCACACAGCUGGAAGAACUUGCUGAAGCUCCAGAGGGGCUUGCCAAGGAUCGGCUGAGAGGGCAGCCUGGAUCUAGGGAAAGGGUUCCCAACCUUUUUUAUGCCAUGGACCCCUACCAUUAACUUGGUGGUCCGUAGAUCCCCAGGUUGGAAACCCCUGAUCUAGGGGAUACAGUCCCAGAUGCAGGUGAGGUGCAAUCCUAUCAAAGCCAUGAAUCGUUGAAUUUCUGCCUCAGGUAGGCACGGAAACCGUUGGGUACUUUCAAGGUCAAGUUCAACCUUUGGUCUCCAAGAAAGAGGAGGCCAAUGAGUAACAGGCAAGAAAAUGGAGUUAGAGGCCCAUGAUUUUACAGAAAAGUUUGAGGGACUACGUGACCCUAUUUUGUCAUUCUGUUGGAGUAUGGCUGAACUAAUAACAACAGGCUAGUGUCUGAGUGAAAACAGAGCACGCCGGGCUGCAUCUGUGGGGAAAGAAAACCAGGUAAUGGCCCAUCCCAAACAAGGUCGAAGCAGCCUGCUUGUUAGAUACCCCCCAUCAAUCUUCGGACCAUGUUUGUCAUUGAUUCAGAUGACACAUUUCACAGCAUGUUUCGAUGCACAUGUGAUAAAUAAAGCUGGUCUUCAUAUAAAUCUGGAACUCCCCGACCUAAAGCACCACCUUCACUAAAAUGACAACAAUGAUUCAAGAUCACCACCAGUUACUGCCUGCUACAGGAAGUCAUUGGAGUUCUAUUCAAAAGGUUCAAAGGAACAUCUAAACAAGCCUGAUGCAUUUUAGAAACAAGUCCUGUGGACUGAUGAAGUUAAAAUAGAAGUUUUUGGCCACAAUGAGCAAAGGUAUGUUUGGAGAAAAAAGGGUGCAGGAUUUCAUGAAAAGAACCCCUCUCCAACUGUUAAGCACGGGGGUGGAUCGAUCAUGCUCUGGGCUUGUGUUGCAGCCAGUGGCACGGGGAACAUUUCACUGGUAGAGGGAAGAAUGAAUUCAAUUAAAUACCAGCAAAUUCUGGAAGCAAACAUCACACCAUCUGUAAAAAAGCCAAAGAUGAUAGGGUAGUUAGAAAGCUUAUGGGGUGUUAGCUUUCAUAAGUCGAGGGAUAGAGUUUAAGAGUCGCGGGGUAAUGAUGCAGCUUUAUAAAACUCUGGUUAGGCCACACUUGGAGUACUGUGUCCAGUUCUGGUUGCCUCACUACAGGAAGGAUGUGGAAGCAUUGGAAAGGGUACAGGUAUUUACCAGGAUGCUGCCUGGUUUAGAGAGGAUGGAUUAUGAUCAGAGAUUAAGGGAGCUAGGGCUUUACUUUUUGGAGAGAAGGAGGAUGAGAGGAGACAUGAUAGAGGAGUACAAGAUAUUAAGAGGAAUAGAUAGAGUGGAUAGCCAGCGCCUCUUCCCCAGGGCACCACUGCUCAGUACAAGGGGACAUAACUUUAAGGUAAGGGGUGGGAAGUUCAAGGGGGAUAUUAGAGGAAGGUUUUUAACUCAGAGAGUGGUUGGUGCGUGGAAUGCACUGCCUGAGUCAGUGGUGGAGGCAGAUACACUGGUGAAGUUUAAGAGACUACUAGACAGGUAUAUGGAGGAAUUUAAGAUGGGGGGUUAUAUGGGAGGCAGGGUUUAAGGGUCGGCACAACACUGUGGGCCGAAGGGCCUGUACUGUGCUGUAUUAUUCUAUGUUCUAUGUCUAUGAAAAGAGGAUGGCUUCUACAACAGGAUAAUGAUCCUAAACACACCCCAAAAUCCACAAUGGACUACCUCAAGAGGUGCAAGCUGAAGGUUUUGCCAUAGCCCUCACAGUCCCCUGACCUAAACAUCAUUGAGAAUCUGUGGAUAGACCUCAAAAGAGCAGUGCAUGCAAGACGGCCCAAGAAUCUCACAGAACUAGAAGCCUUCUGCAAGAAGAAUGGGCAAAAAUCCCCCAACAAUAAUUGAAAGACUCUUAGCUGGCUACAAAAAGCAAUUACAAGCUGUGGUACUUGUCAAAGGGGGUGUUACUAAGUACUGACCAUGCAGGGUGCCCAAACUUUUGCUUCUGGCCCUUUCCCUUUUUUGUUAUUUUGAAACUGUAAAAGAUGGAAAUAAAAGUUUUCUUACUUAAAAUAUUAAAGAAAUGUGUCAUCUUUAACUUCAUGCCUUUUGGAAAUCAGUUCAUCUUUUACUCGCUUAGCUAUUCACAGUAACAGAAAUUUUGACUGGGGUGCCCAAACUUUUGCAUGCCACUGUAUAUAACUAUAUAGGAAUCUUUUUGUAACUGAUAGUACUUUUUAUGUAUUUCACUCUUCUGUGGCAAAACAACAAAUUUCACAAAGGUCGGUGAUAAUAAAUCUGAUUUUGAUUUUGACAGGCUGAAUGGCCUAAUUCUGCUACUGUACCCAAGGGUCGACCAAGGAUAUUGCAUUCGAGCUGUCUAUGUGAUACGCAAGCCGGGACAGUACGAUAUGGAGAGCAAGCUGUUGCCCAUACAGCAGACUCUCCAGAUAGGGAUGAUAGGGAGAGUUAGAAUGUAGAAAUCUACAGCACAUUACAGGCCCUUCGGCCCACAAUAUUGUGCCGACCAUGUAACCUAUUCUAGAAACUACCCUACCGUCUAGCCCUCUAUUUUCCUAAGCUCCAUGUACCUAUCUGAGAGUCUCCUAAAAGACCGUUGUAUCCCCCUCUAUCACUGUCACCAGCAGUGCAUUCCACACACCCACCACUCUCUGUGUGGAAAAACUUAGCCCUGACAUCCCCUAUGUACCUACUUCCAAGCCCCCUCUCAUGCUAGCCAUUUCAGCCCUGGGAAAAAGCCUCUGGCUAGCCACACCAUCAACGCCUCUCGUCAUCUUAUACACCUCUCAUCCUCCGUCGCUCCAAGGGGAAAAGGCCGAGUUCACUCAACCUAUUCUAAUAAGGCAUGCUCCCCAAUCCGGGCAACAUCCUUGUAAAUCUCCUCUGCACUCUCUCUACAGUAUUCACAUCCUUCCUAUAGUGAGGUGACCAGAACUGAGCACAGUACUCCAAGUGUGGUCUGACCAAGGGCCUUCACCCCCCUCCCGUAUCCUUUCAUGCCCUGACCAAUCAAGAAUCUAUCAACUUCUGCCUUAAAUAUACAGUACAUAC